AUGGUAGAAUCUGAACUUGUGAUUAAUGAAGUUCAAGUUCGAUUUGGAUAUACGACAACAUAUAGAAAAGCAUGGAUGACAAAGCAAAAAGCAAUUGAAAAAGUGUAUGGUGAGUGGGAAGCCUCGUAUGAAGCCCUGCCGCAAUGGUCUGUAGCGAUGUGUGACACUGUUCGUGGGCCAAUUGUUCAAUUGAAUGCUGUUAAAGCAUAUCGCAAUGAUGAGUUGGUUCCUAAUAUUCAAAUAUUACGUCAUAUUUUUUGGAGUUUUUCUCCGUGCAUUCGAGCAUUCAAACACUGCAAACCACUUGUGCAGGUUGAUGGGACACAUUUAUAUGAAAAAUACAAGGGGGCUUUAUUGGAUGGUGUUGGUAUUAUUUCUGAUCGGCACGAGUUAAUUAAUACAGCAAUAAGACGAAGUAACAGACAAUGGGAACCUCCAAAGGCAUUUCACAUGUAUUGUAUCAGGCAUAUUGCUGCUAAUUUUUUGCGAAUAUUUAAGACACCUUACUUGCAUAAACUUAUCGUCUGCAUGAGUUAUUCAAGAACUGAAUCAAAAUUUAAUAUUCAUUAUGAGCGGUUGAGACAACGUGGAGAGCACUGGUUAGAGCAACUUACUUUCGAUUGGCUGAGUUAUUUGCACGUAAAGGUUGUGAGGCAUAUGCGCAAAAAAAAGGCUGGACAUAUUUUCUCUGAAGCUAUGAUGACUCGACUUCAAUCAAAUGAGCAAGCAUCUAGAAACCUUUGUGUUACUGUAUUUGAUAGACGAAAUGAGACUUUUCUUGUUCAAGAUGUAAACAACAAUCAAGAAUAUAAAGUCCAACACAGGCAAAGGUAUUGUGUUUGUGGUGACAUCCAGACUGAUAGAUAUCUAUGUCGUCAUGUCAUUGCUGCUUGCUCUAGUCAAAACAUUGAUUGA